AUGGCUUUAGCCCGGCUCUGCGCCCUGCUCGCCUGCUGCUGGGCCCCGGCGGCGGUGCUGGCCACGGCCGGCGGGGACGUGGAUGCGACCAAGGAGCUGGAGUGCAAGCUCAAGAGCAUCACCGUGUCGGCGCUGCCCUUUCUGCGCGAGAACGACCUGAGCAUCAUGCACAGUCCCUCGGCCUCCGAACCCAAGCUCCUCUUCUCCGUGCGCAACGACUUCCCGGGAGAAAUGGUCGUGGUGGACGACCUGGAGAACACAGAGCUGCCCUACUUCGUGCUGGAGAUCUCAGGGAACACAGAGGACAUCCCUCUGGUGCGUUGGAGGCAGCAGUGGCUGGAGAAUGGCACUUUACUUUUUCACAUCCACCACCAAGAUGGUGCCCCAAGUCUCCCUGGACAAGACCCAACUGAAGAACCCCAGCAUGAGUCAGCAGAAGAGGAGCUGAGGAUCCUCCACAUCUCAGUCAUGGGUGGCAUGAUUGCUCUGUUGCUGUCCAUCUUGUGCCUGGUAAUGAUCCUGUACACACGCCGGCGGUGGUGCAAACGCCGCCGGGUCCCCCAGCCCCAGAAGAGUGCCAGUGCCGAGGCAGCCAAUGAGAUUCACUACAUUCCUUCUGUGCUGAUCGGUGGCCAUGGGCGAGAGAGUCUGCGCAAUGCUCGUGUGCAGGGCCACAACUCUAGUGGGACCCUGAGCAUCCGGGAGACACCCAUCCUGGAUGGGUAUGAAUAUGACAUCACAGACCUGCGCCACCAUCUACAGAGGGAGUGCAUGAACGGAGGCGAAGAUUUUGCCAGCCAGGUCACUCGAACCCUGGACUCCUUGCAGGGCUGCAAUGAGAAGGCAGGGAUGGACCUCACGCCAGGAAGUGACAAUGCCAAGCUCUCACUGAUGAACAAAUAUAAAGAUAACAUCAUUGCCACCAGUCCUGUGGACUCCAACCACCAGCAGGCCACUCUGCUCUCCCACACCUCCAGUAGCCAGAGAAAGCGAAUCAACAACAAAGCCAGAGCUGGUUCAGCCUUCUUGAACCCUGAAGGGGACUCUGGCACAGAGGCAGAAAAUGACCCUCAGCUGACCUUUUACACGGAUCCCUCUCGCAGCCGGAGGCGCAGCCGAGUCGGUUCUCCCAGAAGUCCUGUGAAUAAGACCACCUUGACUUUAAUCAGCAUUACCAGCUGUGUCAUUGGCCUUGUGUGCUCCUCUCAUGUCAGCUGUCCUCUCGUUGUCAAAAUAACCCUGCAUGUCCCCGAGCACCUGAUCGCUGAUGGGAGCCGCUUCAUCCUGCUGGAGGGGAGCCAGCUGGAUGCCAGUGACUGGCUGAACCCUGCCCAAGUGGUUCUCUUCUCUCAACAGAACUCCAGUGGGCCCUGGGCCAUGGACCUCUGUGCCCGGCGGCUCUUGGACCCCUGUGAACACCAAUGUGACCCCGAAACUGGUAGGCAGGAGCACCGGGCAGCGGGGGAAUGCCUCUGCUAUGAAGGUUACAUGAAGGAUCCAGUCCACAAGCACCUUUGCAUUCGGAAUGAAUGGGGGACAAACCAGGGGCCUUGGCCUUACACAAUAUUUCAGCGAGGCUUUGACCUGGUUCUGGGAGAGCAACCCUCUGAUAAAAUAUUCAGAUUUACCUACACCCUUGGGGAGGGCAUGUGGUUGCCCCUCAGCAAGAGCUUCGUGAUUCCACCAGCUGAACUGGCCAUCAACCCGUCCGCAAAGUGUAAGACAGACAUGACUGUGAUGGAGGAUGCUGUGGAGGUCCGAGAGGAGCUGAUGACGUCCUCCUCCUUUGACAGCCUGGAGGUUCUCUUGGAUUCCUUUGGGCCAGUCCGGGACUGCAGCAAAGAUAAUGGGGGCUGCAGUAAGAAUUUUCGCUGCAUUUCAGAUCGCAAGCUGGACUCCACUGGCUGUGUGUGCCCGUCUGGACUCAGUCCCAUGAAGGACAGCUCUGGCUGCUACGACCGGCACGUCGGCGUGGACUGCUCAGACGGCUUCAACGGUGGCUGCGAGCAGCUGUGUCUCCAGCAGACGGCGCCCUUCCCGGAUGACCCCGCCUUGUACAACAUCCUCAUGUUCUGCGGGUGCAUUGAGGAUUACAAGCUUGGUGUGGAUGGACGUUCCUGCCAACUCGUCACAGAGACCUGCCCCGAGGGAGGCGAUUGUGGGGAGAGCAGGGAGCUUCCCAUGAACCAGACUCUCUUUGGGGAGAUGUUCUUCGGUUACAACAACCAGUCCAAGGAAGUGGCCCCUGGACAGGUGCUGAGAGGAACAUACAGGCAAAACAACUUUGCCCGUGGCUUAGACCAGCAGCUGCCAGAUGGUCUUGUGGUGGCCACGGUCCCCCUGGAGAAUCAGUGCCUGGAAGAAAUCUCGGAGCCCACCCCAGACCCCGACUUCCUCACUGGGAUGGUGAACUUCAGUGAAGUGUCUGGUUACCCCGUACUGCAGCACUGGAAGGUGCAGUCUGUGAUGUACCACAUCAAACUCAGCCAGGCAGCUGUCUCUCAGGCUUUCAGCAAUGCUCUUCAUUCCCUGGAUGGGGCUACAUCCCGUGCAGAUUUUGUGGCCUUAUUGGAUCAGUUUGGCAAUCAUUACAUCCAGGAAGCUAUCUAUGGCUUUGAAGAGUCCUGUUCUAUCUGGUACCCAAACAAGCAAGUCCAGCGGCGACUCUGGAUGGAAUAUGAAGAUAUCAGUAAAGGCAACUCCCCAUCGGAUGAGUCAGAGGAGCGGGAGAGAGACCCCAAGGUGCUGACAUUCCCAGAAUACAUUGCAAGCCUGUCAGACUCUGGUACCAAGCGCAUGGCAGCUGGAGUCCGCAUGGAGUGCCAAAGCAAGGGGCGAUGCCCCGCCUCCUGCCCCUUGUGUCAUGUGACAUCCAGCCCCGACACUCCCGCUGAGCCAGUCCUGCUGGAGGUGACCAGAGCAGCCCCCAUCUAUGAACUGGUGACUAACAAUCAGACCCAGAGGCUCUUGCAGGAGGCCACCAUGAGCUCCCUCUGGUGCUCAGGGACUGGAGAUGUCAUUGAGGACUGGUGUCGAUGCGACUCCACCGCUUUUGGAGCUGAUGGACUCCCCACCUGUGCACCUCUGCCACAGCCUGUGCUGAGACUCUCCACGGUUCAUGAGCCCAGCAGCACCCUUGUGGUCCUGGAGUGGGAGCACUCAGAGCCGCCAAUUGGGGUACAGAUUGUAGAUUACCUCAUCCGUCAAGAGAAGGUCACCGACAGGAUGGACCACUCCAAAGUGGAGACAGAAACGGUACUGAGCUUUGUGGAUGACAUCAUCUCUGGAGCUAAGUCCCCUUGUGCCAUGCCAUCUCAGGUGCCAGACAAACAGCUCACCACCAUCUCCCUCAUCGUAAGAUGCCUGGAACCCGACACCAUUUACAUGUUCACCCUUUGGGGAGUGGAUAACACAGGACGACGUUCCAGGCCAAGUGACAUGAUUGUGAAGACCCCUUGCCCUGUGGUGGAUGAUGUGAAAGCCCAAGAGAUAGCAGAUAAGAUCUACAAUCUUUUCAAUGGCUAUACAAGUGGGAAGGAACAACAGACUGCCUACAACACCCUCCUGGAUCUGGGUUCCCCCACCUUACAUCGAGUCCUUUACCACUAUAACCAGCACUAUGAGAGCUUUGGAGAAUUCACAUGGAGGUGUGAGGAUGAACUAGGCCCCAGGAAAGCUGGCCUCAUCCUUUCCCAGCUUGCAGAUCUCAGCAGUUGGUGCAAUGGACUCCUCCAGGAACCCAAGAUAAGCUUGCGGCGCAGUGCCCUCAAGUACCUGGGCUGUCGCUACAGUGAGAUCAAGCCCUACGGGCUGGACUGGUCAGAGCUCAGCCGGGACCUCAGGAAGACAUGUGAGGAGCAGACCCUGAGCAUCCCCUACAACGACUAUGGUGACAGCAAAGACAUCUAGCACCAUGAGGCCAGAAUGUGGCUGCCUCAGUAAAGCAGGAGACAGGAAUUGGUUUGUUGAUUUUUAACAUUUUUUGAACGGAACAUCAAAAGCUCCACGGGCAACAUCUAAACCAGGGACAGUGAUUUCUGCUCCCUGCAGAACUUCUUCAAUAUGAUGUUCUCCAUCUGCAUGAUCAGUACACCUGUCAGCCAGCAGGUUCAUGCAGCGCCAUUUUUCCUUAGAGGAUUACUUUGGCAUUUGUUUCGGUGUUAAUUUGUUUCACUCACUUUUUUUCCCCACAAGGGUCAUCAAAAUGCUUCAGAGUCUGUUGUGCUUCCCAUGAAGGAUCUACCAGGUUGAGGCACCUGUGUUCACUGAAUGUCUGGGUCCUUUGCACCUGAGGACAGGUGACACCAGAAAGGUAGACCUUCCUCAUGCCCCAACUUCAGGCAUUCCUUAGGAGACAUCUCACCCCAGGGUCCCAAGCCCUGGUCCGGGGAAAGACACUGAGAAAACUGGGGUAAGGGUCCUCUCUACGCCUCCUGGUUGUCUCCCAGGCCUUCCUCUUGCUAUCUCCACACCUCAAAGGUGAACCUAGCUUCCAUUACAGGCCCAGUGGGCCUCCUGGUAUUUUAAGUCCUCCCCUUUUGAGGUAGGACUAGGACUAAAUCCCCCUCCAGCAGUUCUCUGCCCUCUCCUCUGACCAGCAAUAUCUUUGAGAGGCAACAAGAUGCCUGCCACUUGUCAAACCUACCUUCAGAGAAAUUUGCCUGAGAAACUAGUUAGCUGUCCACAUUCUAGGAAGUAAGUGCAGUGUAUUGUUUUCAGCAACCCAUAUGCCUCCUUUGGAUGAACUUCUCCAGACUACCAAUCUACAUCCAAGAUCCUGAAUAUUUUGUAGCCCCUGUGCCUCUUACCCUGGAUAAAUAAGGCUUGGUUGAUGUUUGGUCUGAGCCAGAAGUCCAUACCGCAUGUCAGUGUUUCUGAGAAUAAAAACUAUCACCGGUCUCAGAAAAACAAAUGCAAAAAACUUCUGUCCAUUCCCCAUUUGCUAAAUUUCCAUAUUAGAUCCCUAGUUUUGCCAGUUAUUUCUCUAACGAUCAUCAGCAAGAGGAGUCUGUGGUUGUUACCCGCCUGCUACCACCCGUCUAAUUGCUGACGGUAGCGGGGCUCUGUGGAGACAGCACCACUGACCACAAUGAAGGGUGGAGCACUGUUCUCACCCACGGCCCGAACAGUGUCUGGUGACCUACUUAGCAGGAGGUCCAGCCUUCCAGAAACAGCCACAGCCUUCCAGGGCUGUGUCACCCGUGUGAUGCCCUUAGCUGUCCCCAACUUACUGUCAGCCACCCUGGCUUUGACUAGGGCUUCUCCUGUGGCAACACAUGACAAAGGUUAGGAAGGAAGUGUGGGACCCGUAAGGUGGUCAUUGGGCCUUAUUGAUAUUUUCUGAAUAGGAAUAAUGGCAGACAAUAUUGAUUGAGUGUUUUCUGGGUGUUGAGCACUGCCCUAAGCACUUUAAAUACAGUAUUAUUGAAGUCUCACAACUUCCUGAGAAAAGUGCUAUCGUGCACAUUUCAGCAAUAAGGAAACUGGGGCACUCAGCUUGCCCCCAGUCCUUCAUGCACAGUCUGCCCAAGGUACAGCAUGAGUUUGGCCUGUUGGACUCCAGAGCACAGGUUUGUCGCCACCCCGUGCUCCUCCAGACUGAUCUCAGCACAGCCUACAGUAUACAGCUGUCAGAGCCCCACAGGGGACCUGCCAGGCAGCUUCACUUUUCCCGACCACCCACAGCAUAGAUGCCCCCAUCCCCUGUGCAGUGGAAGGGGAGGAUCCAAGCUUCACCCUUAGACUUGGAACAAGGGCACUUUUGGUACCAGCAGCUCUGCAGCACAUGGCCUUACCCACCCCGGACUGAGGAUGUGGCUGAAAGCACAGGUUGGUCUCACUGCCCUCUCUGCUUCUUUUCAGAGAAAGAUUGAAAGGUUCAUGUUGUGCUUUCUAAUGUGCCUGCUCCAGAGAUUUCCCCACAUCUUGAGUGAAGGAUAACAAAACUUGGCUGUCCUACCGGUGAUCAAUCCACGGGCCUCAGCUAAAGUGCCUCAUAGGCCAGUUUUUUAUCCUUGCCAGAGAACAGGACGAGAUAGACCAACUGGGUAGGAUCUGGAGCCUCAUCUCCUUGCUGCUUCUGUUUUGCCAUUGUUUCAGACAAUCUAUGCUGAGGCUUGUCAAGAAAAUGAUGUCUUGACUUUGAGUGGAAGGGUGGUGAGGCGACCAUUGCCUUCCUGCCCCAGCGGAGGAGAGGUGGGAGCUGACAGACCAGAGAGGGAGGGCCUGGGCUGGCGUAAAGGUCUGCCCUCUCUCGCCCCGAUUCUCUUUUUCUUCUAGCACACUGUCUUCUUCUCUCCUUUGACCGUUGUUCCAGACUCUCCCCACUCUUUCUCCCUGCCCCGCCCCCCUCCAUGGGGUAGCUAAGGAGGAAUUUUAUUUUAUUUCUUUUCUUUUAAAUUCUUUUAUUGGUACAUUUUAGGUAUGCAGUAUGUUUACAUUUAUCAUUGGGUGCUUGUACCUGUACCUGAUGUAUCUUGGUUGUUAUUUUUCCCCAGUGACUGUGCGCCCUUCACCCCCUCCACCCUUCCCUAUUUACAUUGA